CCACAGGCGCCCAACUGAAGCGCAUGAGCGCUAGAGCGAAAACGCGUUUGUUUAGGUCGCGGCAGCCACCUGCAAGGACUUAGUCACUUGUCCUUUUUGUCUCCUCCGCUCACCUUCUCCUGCCCUGUCCAUAUAUACCUUAACGACUCCCGCCAUGUAUAACCCUACGUACUCAUCCACUCCAGGUCAAGACUACAAUAACCCCUCCUCACGACCUCCGCAUAACGUAUACGGACAACCAUUCACUGUCGCUGGGAUGGCGAGCCCUGGUACUACGCACAGUCCAAGCCUACGUGGUGGACCUCUGUCAAGCGGUUCUGGCCUCAACGUGAGCGGUAUGGGUGGUUCAUUAGGUGACAGUCUGGCACAAAGCCGGAGUCAUUACCAACCAGGAUACCUCAUGUCGAUGUCCCAAACUACUAACGCCUCGCAGCAACAUCAGCGUCACGAUGAUGUUCCUAUUGUACAGACAAAAGCGACACUCAAUAACAUCCUCUCGAGCGCCUCUGCCUCAGACUUUGGCAUGGGUUCCAUGUUUGAAAGCUCCAGAUUCAGAGAAAGACAACGACAGACAUGGGCGGAUGAAGACGCGCCACCUACUGCAUCUGUCAACGACAUUGUCAAUGAGGUGUAUACUGAAACUCCUUCAAAACGACAACCACAGUCACACCUUGACGCCUCAAUCCGACCAUCUCUCUUCCGCCCAACUCAAACCCAAGUUCCUACAACUCCAAAGUCUUCUACAUCUGCUCCCAACGUGAACAAACUGAUAUAUGUGAUCGUCUUCGGUUAUCCUCCAGACAAGUAUACCGCCACUGUCGAUUACUUCAAAUCUCUCGGCGAGAGUACAGAACCAGACCCAAACGUGGAAAUCGUGAACUGCUUCAGGAUCGGAUACUCCAAUCCUACUGAUGCGAUGCGGGCAGUAAGGAAGAAUGGUGACGUGAUCGGAGGGUGUUGGAUGGUUGGAGCCAAAUGGGCUGACUCUGCGCAAGCAGAAAGCAUACUGGGGCCGGCUCUCGCACGGUCUUCCCUUUCUUUCUCUCCCGACGCAAGCACGGCAGAUGUCAGCAUGCUCUCAUCCUCCCCACCUGCAUCACAAUCCGGCUUCCCUUCCACCUUUGCAUCCCCGGACGGCAACCUAGCACUCACAAGUAGGCAACGUCGGGAUAGUAAUGCAGGGACACCGAGUGUUGGGACACCGAUCCGACUAGCUCCGUCAACGUCGGCAUUCAGGAAAGCUGGCGCUGGUGGCCUUGGAGGGACUCCAGGGAAACACAAAGUUGGAGAGAGUGUUUUCGGUGCAUUCCCUAGUAUCAUUCCCGUAACUCCCCAGGCUGGAGGUGCUGCCAAUCAGAGUCCGAGUAAGGGUGUCCUUGGACAGGUGUCGGAUAUGAUUUUUGGAUGGUAGUAUACAAUAUAUAGUUCAUGACGAGUGCUUUACAUGACUAUAUCUCUUGAUCUCUUGCACGACUAUACCCACGACCUGUACGGUUUUGUACUUGCAUACCUCGGAAGUACUGUUAUUUUCCCGAUUUGAGUGGAAAGCGCUGCGAUCA